CAACAAAUUCUUAAGGGCAAAAAAAGGUUAUCUAGUUUUACUAUAACAAAGGCCACAAUUCAGAGCCUGCUGAUCCAAUUUGUACACUACUUUACAGAAUCGUUUCUGAAGCCCUUUCUUCUUCCAUGUUGAUAUCAAACUUCUACUUUCCUUCUAUUUUCCAACCUCCAUGCAGAUGUACAUUUUCUAGUUCUAUUGUAACAAGAAUCUCCCCAAUACCCACUUCAUUAAAAGUGCAUAACCAAAAGCUGUCUAGGACGUUCGUCACAGGAAGCUCCUCCCCUGCAACUCCAUCUCAAGACUUAGAUGUGGAGGAAGAGAAAAGAAGCAAGUUGAAGGAACAACUCUUGUACACAAUUGCAGCCUCCAAUGGCAUAUUAAAUGAGCAUUCCAUGGCUCUUAUUUCCUCGCUAGGGAACAUCAAUCCCAACCCAGACAUCACAAUUGCCCCACAUCUGUUAACUGGUUGUUUCGAGCAAAUAAGUUCGACCUUAAAAGGCACUGGUAAACCUGGAGAAGCCCACAAAUUGGUGGAGAAUACUGUCACCCUUGGCAGGGCUACUUUUAAUGCCUUCAGCCCAACUGACACUGAAAUCCAGAUGAAGCAAACUUAUAACCAUGUUGGGGUUGAGGCCGACGAUGCUUAUUAUCUGCUCCUCAAAUUCUCUGUCAAUUGCCCAUACGAAGGUGCGGAUGCUCCACCCAUGGAAGGUAUGCUUAUCAACAAGGCUUCAUUUAGUGUAUCUGAUUUCAAUAGAAUCGAUAUCAUAUUUGAAUCUAGUAGUAUGGUUCCUCUUAACCCUCAAAAGGAUCUGCAAUCCUGGCUUAAGCUCUUUAGAGAUCACAACCCCUCAAUGGAUGAGAAGGGAGUAGUCAAAGUAGCCCUGCCUCCUGCUAAAGGCUUUCACGACUAUCUUUAUCUUGACCAUGAGCUGAGGAUUACUAAGGGAAACAGAGGAACAAUUAAUGUUGUUAAAAGAUUGCCACAGAAAGUGAUCCAUCUUUGAGUAGAACGCAUCAAUCUCAAUUGUUUAUAUAUACUUAGUAUAACUCUAUUCUAUGCAUUUGAGUGUUCAAAGUUUAUGAUUAUUAAUGGGAAUUUGAACUGCAUAGAAAACUAAGUUUGUUAGAGUAGCUGGUAUAAUUGAUGGGAGUUGUUAACCACCGAAGGCAUUUCCCAAAUUUGUCUUUUCACUCUGGGAACAAUCCUGUUCGUUAUCAAAUUUUCUGUUAGAUCUUAAAAUUAACUAAUUA